AUGAUGGCUGCGAACGGAAAACAGACGAAGCCAGAGACCUAUUUGUUGAGGCGCACCACGCACUGUCCUAACAAUGAUCUCCCUGUGCUUAUAUAUCGAAACGUCUUGGGAGAGCAACUGGAUGAGACAAGUGUGUCUGAGCGGCUGCAGCGGAAUGGCUGGGUGAAGAAGGGCACUUGGGGGACUAUAAAGCUGAAGCACUUCCAUCCCAAUACACAUGAAUGCUAUGGCAUCUUCCAAGGCCGUUCAGAGCUGGUCUUUGGCGAAGGCAGUUCAGAUUCCACUGGCAGCGGUGUGAAAUGCGAAGUGCAUGCCGGCGAUGUGGUGGUUGUUCCAGCCGGGGUGGCACAUGCAUCUACUCCAGAAAGCGAAGAAGCAUCGGGUGAGAAUGAGUACCGUUACAUUGGCGUCUAUCCUGAGGGUUCACCUCAUUAUAGUAUUGAGAUGGGAAAGAAAUCCCUGAUGGAGAAACCGGAUCUCGUAGCAGAGGUAGCGGGUGUGCCUGUGCCUCCUUGCGAUCCUGUGUAUGGGCUCGAUGGACCCUUGGUGCAGAUAUGGAAGAGUGUUAGAGGAUAA